AUGGAGAAAGAAAGAAUAAAAAGCGUAAUCGAAUUCUUCUCUACUCCAUUGGAUGAAGAAGAGCUAAUCGAUGGAGAAAGUAAACCCGAUGAACUGUACACCCUCUGUGAUGAUCCCAUGCAAGUACCCAUCAAACUCAUCGAUGAACAACUAAGGUUCGUUAAUCUUGCAACAGUCCAGGACCUUUUUGUUGACAAUUCAGGAUUUCUUGUUGUUGGUGCCAUUGGUUUACAGGGUUCAGGUAAAUCGUCUGUGUUAAAUAUUUUGGCGAAUUGCAUUUCUGACGGUUGUGGAGUUUUUGAUGGUCCUUUUAAUAUUCAAACUCUCAAGGAUGUAGUAACUAACAGCCCGUGUACUGCUGGUAUUAACUUAUAUAUUACACAAGAUCGUGUAAUUCUUCUGGAUGCCCAACCUCUUCUUUCAUUUGCACUCACCAACUAUCAUACUCACUUGGUUGCUACUGGUAAUAUAACAUCUUCGUCCUCGAGUACUCAUCCAGGGCUUUCGUUUCUUACAGGUCCUGGUAAUUGGAACAUGGAUAUUUGGGCUGAAAUGGCUUCUAUGCAGAUUGUCGCCUUUUUAAUAAAUGUAUGCCAUGUUGUACUUGUUGUCAGUGAUAAUUUAACUACUGCUUCGACUCAGUUACACCGGCUUAUCGAUAGAGCAAUAGGUCUUAAACCAACUGUUUUUACACCGAAUGCCAUGCCAAUCCAUGCACUACGUGGUCGUCAACAUUCUGAUAUACAUAACAAGUCAUCAGAUAAUAAUAAGAAUUGUACAGAUAUAAAAAAAUUGACAACUAGUGUACAAGGUUUACAAAUUUCUAAUGUAAAUAAAACUAAUCCAUCUAUUAUCAACAAAGAUAAUAAAAGUUUAGAAGUUGAAGAUGUUGACAUUUUAUCUUUGUCUGAACAUCAACAAUUUAUUGGGAAUUAUUCUACAUCAAAUAACAUUCUUGGACAAUAUCUUCAUUCUACUGAAGCUGAGUCUAAAGACGUUACAAAUGCAAUCAAUCGACUAAUAAAUUUAACUGAUUAUUCAGCCUCAUUAAUUCAUGUAUAUAAUCAGGCCCCAGCAGCUGUAUUUCUUGACCCGGUUGUGUGUGAAAAAUUAGAUAGGUAUAGGAAUAAAAUACUACCACUUAUGUACCCAGAGUACAGAAGGUUAGUAUCACUUGUUACUGUUGGUCCAAGAAUUUUAUCCGCUCACCUUCAGUCACGAAAUCGUGAUCAACCUACAACUGCACGUCAAAACUCUGCACAAAAUGAUACUCCUACUGAAAUAAAUCGAAACACUACUGACGUAAAGCUAACUAAAAACAGUUCAGAAAAUCGUUUAGUCCCUGACAAUUUUACCGCGCAAAAUUAUCCAGGUUUUCUUGAUACUCAGGAAAAUUCUGUCUUACCUACUCCAUCAGGACUUUCCGAACCGUCCUCAGUUUCAUCAGACAAAGGACUUGCAUCAUCACAAAAGCCUUCGAAUAUCAGCGCAGAAACGUUGACUUCAGUAGAAGUUGAUAAUGAGUCAAAACCUAAUCCAACCCACUGUUUAACUUCAUUAAAUACAAUUCAAGAAAAAUCAAAACCUUUUUCUGGUGAAAAACCUGAUGGGUACAUUCCCUUGGAUAACAGUAACAAUAAUAGUAAUAAUUUUGUUAAAAAAUUUGGCUUAUCGGAAUCAGAGAUAGUAUCGCAGUGUUGCAAUGUUUUGCAUAAUGUAGAAGAUGAACUCAAUUCUGUUUUAAAACACACUAACUUAUCCGCUGGUGUAGACCAUCACAAGAAGAUUGUAGAGGAACGAUCAGGAAUAUUACCGGUCGAAGGUCAGCUCCCUGAUAAUGAUUUACUACAUAUACCUGGUAUUAAUGGUGAGAAGUUGAAUGCCAGUCUUGUUCAAAUGUAUCAUGAUGUACAGACUACUAGAUGUAACUUUUUCGAUGUUCAAAAGCGAUUAGAUCAACCAAGAUUAUUCUUGAUACCAGAAGUUGACGAUGAAGGACACUCACCAUUAGGGUGUCCAACAUACUUAACAUCAGCCCGUAUCUUACAAGAAGCUGUUUUCUCUACUCCUCGACAGCAUAUUAUGCCUAAUUUUACAGAGAAGAAAUGGAUAACAUAUGUUCAUAAAAUGUGGGAUGCUGUAAUACAUUCCCCUUUGUUCCUCGAUUAUCAUUCCGUUCGGAUGAAUCAGAUAUAA